UACACGGUGGAGCGACGGAUUGACUACUGUCUACAAACUGACUGCAAAAUGCUGAAAGCUAAACUCACCAACCUGAGUGUAACCGAUGUGAGGUUUCCUACAUCUCUACAGCAGCAUGGUUCAGACGCCAUGCACACUGAUCCAGAUUACUCUGCUGCAUAUGUGAUGUUGGAGACAGACACCGAUCUGAGAGGUUAUGGAUUAACUUUCACUGUGGGGAGAGGAACUGAGAUCGUUGUAUGUGCUGUGGAGGCCUUGUCGACUUUAGUCAUCGGAAAGACGUUGGAAGAGAUAGUGAGUGAUUUUAGAAGCUUCUACAGAAUCCUAACCAGCGAUGGCCAAAUGAGAUGGAUUGGACCUGAGAAGGGAGUCAUUCAGCUGGCAACAGCUGCCAUCCUUAAUGCUAUCUGGGAUAUGUGGGCACGUGCAGAGGGCAAGCCCCUGUGGAAGCUCCUGGUGGACAUGGACCCGAGACAGCUCAUUCGCUGUAUAGAUUUCAGAUACAUUACUGAUGCUCUGACUGAACAGGAAGCAUUAGAUAUACUGGAAAAAGCCAAAAAGGGAAAGCAGCAAAGAGAGGAACAGAUGCUAAAGGAAGGGUAUCCAGCCUACACCACAUCAUGUGCCUGGCUAGGAUAUUCAGAUGAACAGCUUACCCAGUUGUGUUCUGCAGCACUAGCUGAAGGAUGGACGAAGUUCAAAGUGAAGGUGGGGGCAGACCUGCAGGAUGACAUUCGCAGAUGCAGCCUCAUUCGAAAGAUGAUCGGCCCUGAGAAUACUUUGAUGAUCGAUGCCAACCAGCGAUGGGAUGUAAGUGACGCCAUUUCUUGGGUAACCAAACUAGCAGAGUUCCGCCCACUGUGGAUAGAAGAACCCACAUCUCCAGAUGACAUCCUUGGACAUGCUGCCAUCUCCAAGGCUCUUGCACCUUUGGGAAUUGGAGUUGCCACAGGAGAACAGUGCCAUAACAGGGUGAUGUUUAAGCAGUUUCUGCAGGCCUCAGCUCUGCAGUUUGUUCAGAUUGACAGCUGUAGGGUGGGCAGCGUCAACGAGAACCUUGCUAUUAUGUUAAUGGCUGCCAAGUUCAAAGUUCCAGUGUGUCCUCAUGCUGGUGGAGUGGGACUCUGUGAGCUUGUUCAGCAUCUCAUUCUGUUUGACUACAUCUGUUUGUCAGCCAGUCUGGAUAACAGGAUGUGUGAAUAUGUGGACCACCUUCAUGAACAUUUUAAAAGUCCCACUAUAAUCAGGAAUGCCCACUAUAUGCCUCCUAAGGAUCCUGGAUUCUCUUCUGAGAUGCUAGACACAUCGGUGCAGAAACACCAGUUUCCACAUGGUGAAGUGUGGAAAAACAUUCUUAAGCAGAAAUCUUAAACGCUUAUGCACUGAGGAACUGCUGCUUAACAAUCAUAACUUAAUCAAAACCUUCGAAUCAUCUUAAUAGGGGACUACAUUUUGUAGUAGGGUUGCCAAUCAUCCAGUGUCAGUUGACAAAUUGCUACCAGCACAAAAUCCCAUCCAAAAAGAACUUUAUGUACCUGUUGUACCAGGUUCAAUUUGAUUUGUAGGGGUUUUUUGAACCAGUGUUGAACCAAUGUCUUAUACUGUAUAAUACUAAUUAUGCAAGGAUUUUGUCAUAAAGGGUGAUCAUUCCUGAGAAACAAACCAAAUCUAUGAAUCAAAAAUGUGUCUAUUGCACUUGAAGUGGAAACGUUUUGUUAAAAACAAAACCAUUUUACAGAUGUACUUGAUUACAAGAAUAUCUGCACUUUUUAUUAACACUACUACUUGUUUUUGGUAUUUAAAAAUCAAAUUACAGUAUUUAUAUAAUACUGUAUAAUUAACCAGUUUACAUUGCUUAAUUUACACAAAUCCAAAUACAUUUAUACUUAACCCUGUGUAGAUCACUUUUUCCCCUCAGAAUCCCACAUUCAUUUAUUACCACCUUACUUUUUCAAGUUACAGUAUAAAG